UCUUAAGUUGUGUGCUAGUCGGCGGAACUGGCUGUUUGAUGUGAGGAUGUGCGUGUGCAGAAGUGUGUGUGUCGAUGCAUGUUAAUAAAGGAUCUAAUGACUUUGGUCUGCUGAUGCCCUGAACACCCCCGAAUGGGCCCCAACAUACAAGUGCAUCAUGGGCUCCAGGAUAAAAGAAAACCCUGACAAAACAUUCUACUGGUUCUUCCAAGCCUCAUGUCCAAUCGCCAGAGAUAAAGAUCCUGAUGUGCUGUUUCAGUUCCCUGAAGACUUUAAUGAUGAGGAGUCUUUGCAGUCCUUGCCUCGCUUUUGCUUCCCUUAUGACAUAGAGAGGGUGAAGGACACUGUUGCCAUCCAGCACUUCACAUUCGUCUUGACCGAUCUGGAAGGAUGUCAGCGCUUUGGUUUCUGCAGACUCACGUCCAGCUCUCAAACUUGCUUGUGCAUCCUCAGUUAUUUGCCCUGGUUUGAGGUCUUCUACAAACUUCUGAAUAAUCUAGCCGACUACUCAACGAAAGGACAGACCAGCGAGAUGAAAGAGCUGCUCUCGGUUCUCUACAAGCACCCUGUCCCUCCGGCCAAUGGCUCCAUCACGCUGCAGAUGGGAGGGAAGCUAAUGAUUGGAACUGAGAUGCCUGGCAUCUGUGGAGAUGCCCCUAGAGGGGAGGAGUCAGAGGGGAUCCCGUACUUCAUUGCGCCAGAUCCCAAAGCCCUGCCCUCUAUUCCAGAGAGUAGGAACCUGACAGAGCUGGUGGUGGCAGUGGAUGUAGGAAACCUAUUGCAGCUGUACGCCAGCAUGCUGUUCGAGAGACGGAUCCUCAUUUACUGCAGCAAACUCAGCACUCUGACGGCCUGCAUACACGCGUGUAAUGGGAUGCUGUACCCCAUGUACUGGCAGCACAUCUUCAUCCCAGUGCUGCCGCCUCAUCUGCUGGACUACUGCUGUGCACCGAUGCCGUACCUCAUUGGAAUUCAUUCCAGCAUGGCGGAGACAGUAAGGAGUCGAGCUCUGGAGGACGUGGUCUUAUUAAACGUAGACACCAACACCCUAGAGUCACCCCACGAGGACCUGAAAAAGAUUCCGGCCGACGUGGUGGCAGGACUGAAGGUCAGGCUGAAGAGACAGGCAGCGUCAGCUGGGUCAGGGGUCGCGCACGCUUUCCUCAGAGCACAGGCUCUGCUGUUCGGAGGAUACAGAGAUGCCUUACAGUCACCUGACGAAGGUCCGGUGGUUUUCUCCAAUGAGUUGUUUCUGAGUCACAAGUCUCAAAGCAUGCGGGAUUUUCUGGAGAGCGCAGUUCACCUGCAGUGUUUCAAAGAGUUUAUUGACGGCCGGCUGAAAAUGCUGAACCAGGGCAAAGAGCCGGAUGAUGCGUUUGAGGAGGAGGUGCAUCAGUGUGGAGCUUCAUCUGGUGGCUCUAAAUUGCGUCGGCAAUGGGUGGGAAACCUAAAGAAAGGGGGUGGAGCUCUGAUCGUGACAUGGAAGUCUACAGCAAACAAAGCAACCAAAUAUCACAGCAAAUUUGGACUGAAAAACCUUCUGUCUUCAAAGGAUCAAACUGAACCUCAUAUGCUACAGAGGGGCGGGUCUGUGUGUGGAACCCACACGUAUCGCCUCAUCCAAUCAGACUGCCUUCAGAACCGCCUACCAAUCACACAGCACUUUGGCAGGAUGCAUGGAGGCCUUGCCAUACACAAAUUUUCUCGACCGCGGAGGCCAGCACGCAAACAGCCCAGCCCACAGGACAAUGAGUACCAGACAGAGGAUGACAACACCACCUAUGACGACAGUGUAACAGAAAAUCCUGAGCAGUGCUCUGCCACCAGCGACUUACAGGAAGAUGAAGAUGAUCUCUCUCUCUUGGCCGACCCGGAGGAGAUGGACCUGCUCGGUGAGAUCUUCGACACGCUGAGUUCCCAGAGCUCCAGAGAGCCAGGUUUACUGUACGGAACUCGCAGCCUCGACCUCUUCAGCUCCGACAGCAGUGAAUUCAUCUCACACAAGAGUUUGACCAACCCAAGUCAGGAGAGUCUAAGUCCCUCUUUUGGAAACAGCGGCAGUCUCAUGAGCUGGGAGGAGGAGCUAGAGGAUGGGCCUGGUGCUAAGGGGGAGGAGCCUGUUGUCCUGAUUGACAGGCCAGAAAAUGAUCUCAAUGAAUUGGAGAAGGAUUUGACCGAGUUAGGGGAAAAUCUGUGUUCAGAUCUACAAAUUCUAGAAGAUGCUUCACUGGAUCCCGAAGUGGCUUCUCAAGAAGUGCAAAAGAACAACUGGUUGGAAAAUGAUGGACAGAUGAACGGAACAAUGGAGGAAAGCUUGGAAACCGAAACAGAGGUUGAAGAGAGGACAGAGACGCAACCUGACAAAGAAGACGAACUUCAGAAAGAGCAUAAGACGACAAAUGACUUGGGGUCAAACGGACCUACAAAAGGAGGAAUCGCCUCCAAUGUUUCUCUCAGUGUACAGAUAGACAAAACAGAAGAGCCAGAGAAGAAGAGUGGUGAACCUUCAUCACCGAACGUCUUGUCUACCGUAGCUCUGUUUCAGUCCAGGUCCUCGGCUGACUCUUCAGGUUUACGAGGGUUGGAUAAAUCUCUAAAAACUCCCAUGAGAACCCACAAAAUCAAUGUGGGACCAAUGACAGGCCUGCAGACUGAAGAACAAAGCACAAAACUGGCCAUUUCAUCAACACCAGAAGAACAAACCAAGGCUCCUGUUAAGGUCUCAGAGCUGAAGAAGAGAUUUGAACAUUAGAUCAUCAUAAAUCAAGCAUUUUGAAGCGAACGAUACUAAAGAACAAGAAAUGACUUUUUUAGACUGCCAAUUACAAGUGUACAUAAAACACUUGCACUCCAUUUUGACUGUUGCGAAACAACAUUGCUAAGUCAAAUGUUUAAGUAAAAUUAUCCAUUGGGUCUUAAUUGGAUUGUGAAAGGUUGGCGUUGAGUUUGUGGAAGGAUAUGUCUCAUGUACCUGCUGACAUCAAUGAAUAAAGACAAUUCAAAGGCAGUGAAGGUUA